CACAUUCUACUGAAAACAUGGGAAAAUUUGGAGGAAUGGCCCCUCUUUUGGCCACACUAGUAGUUGCUUUUGUCUCCCUUACUAUGCCUUCACAAACAUUAGCUGAUUACUAUAAGUAUACCUCGCCGCCACCACCGGUCCACCAUGAGAAGCCCAAGGAACAUUACCCUCCCCCACACCAUGAGAAACCCAAGGAAUACUACCCUCCUCCACAUCAUGAGAAACCCAAGGAAUAUUACCCUCCCCCACAUCAUGAGAACCCAAAGAAACAUUAUUCACCACCACACCAUCAUCAUGACAAGCCUAAGGAGCACUAUUCACCACCAAUGUACAAGUCUCCACCUAAGUAUUAUCCACCUCCGACCCCAGAUUAUAAAUCACCACCGGAGUAUAAGUCUCCUCCUAAGUAUUAUCCACCUCCGACCCCAGUGUAUAAAUCACCACCUGAGUAUAAGUCUCCUCCUAAGUAUUAUCCACCUCCGACCCCAGUGUAUAAAUCACCACCUGAGUAUAAGUCUCCUCCUAAGUAUUAUCCACCUCCGACCCCAGUUUAUAAAUCACCACCGGAGUAUAAGUCUCCUCCUAAGUAUUAUCCACCUCCGACCCCAGAUUAUAAAUCACCACCGGAGUAUAAGUCUCCUCCUAAGUAUUAUCCACCUCCGACCCCAGUGUAUAAAUCACCACCAGUGUACAAGUCUCCUCCUAAAUAUUAUCCACCUCCAACCCCUGUUUAUAAACCAGCACCAAAGUAUAAGUCUCCUCCUAAAUAUUAUCCGCCACCAACUCCAAUUUAUAAGUCUCCACCUGAACAUAAAUAUCCCCCUCCAACGCCAGUAUAUAAUUCACCACCAAUAUACAAAUCCCCACCUGUUCACAAGUACCCACCACCAGCUCCGGUUUAUAAGUCCCCUCCUCAUCACCAAUAUACACCACCAAAACACAAAUAUUCACCUCCGACUCCAGAAUAUAAGUCUCCACCAGAUUACAAAUAUCCACCUCCAACUCCAGUGUAUAAAUCACCACCGGAACACAAAUAUCCACCUCCGACUCCAGUGUACAAGUCUCCUCCACACUAUUACUACCCACCUCAUCCCAUUUAUAAGUCACCACCAGUUCACAAAUAUCCACCACCAACUCCGACUUACAAGUCUCCUCCUCCCUAUUAUUCACCACCAGUCUACAAAUACCCACCACCUUCUCACCCAAAACCCGACUAUAAGCCUCCUUCUUCUCCCAAUGUCUACCCUUCUCCACCACCUCCUUACCACUAUUAGCUUGAGUUCACUCUUGUUUCAAAAAUAUUGACAAGGGAAAACAGAGCUAGCUAAUGGAGUUAAACACGUAAAAAUCAAGGUCUCUAGAGAAGAGAAUGAUGAUAAAGAAUUAAGUUGUGUGUUGUGGUAAUGAUUAGUCAUGAAUUGUAACAAAUAAAAUCACUCAUAGAUAGAUCAGUACCAUUGUAUUGUCUUGUUUAUUUCUUGUAAUUUCUCAUUGUGUAAUAUUACGUUUGCAAGUCUUGCGAUUGAAGCAUCUUUUAAUAAUAUUAUGUUUCUUCUGUUUCU